AUGUCUGUGACAUCCAAGGUCCUGCCUGCACUCCACUCUACCAAAUCGUUGCCUCCUGAGUUCAAGAUUUCUUCUGGUCAAAUCGAAAACCAUGGAGAUGCUAAAUUGAGAAGCAGUGAUGCGAUCGGAUCAAGUAGUCCAGAAAAUGAUCUUUUGAUAGGGGAGGUUUCAGAGGAAGCUCUUAGCCAUGCCGAUGACGUGGGUCUUUAUGAUGAGGACGUAGCGUACAGCAGAAAAGGUGUUUCGUUAGAGGACAGACCGUCUAUUGCUGAUGAAGUCCUAGAUACGGUUCCUCUGCCCUUCCCAUCAAUUUCAAUGUCUUCCAGUGAACGCAGGUGGAGUGAUACAACACCUUAUUCUUCAAAAAAGAAGCUUCAGUCUUGGUGUCAACUUCCAAAUGGGAAUUGGGAGCUGGCGAAGAUAAUAACAACAUCUGGAAGUGAAUCCAUCAUUUCACUGUCAGACGGGAAAGUUUUGAAAGUGAACGAUGAAAGUCUAGUGCCAGCAAAUCCUGAUAUCCUUGAUGGGGUGGAUGACCUCAUGCAGCUUAGUUAUUUAAAUGAACCGUCAACAAAAGCAGGGCCUGUUUUGGUUGCUAUAAAUCCCUUCAAGAAAGUUCCUCUAUAUGGUAAUGAUUAUAUUGAAGCCUACAAGCGUAAAGCAAUUGAAAGCCCUCAUGUAUAUGCAAUAACAGACACGGCCAUCCGUGAAAUGAUACGGGACGAAGUUAAUCAAUCUAUAAUUAUAAGUGGAGAGAGUGGAGCAGGGAAGACUGAGACAGCAAAAAUAGCAAUGCAGUACUUGGCUGCCCUUGGUGGUGGAAGUGGAAUAGAGUAUGAAAUUUUGAAGACUAAUCCAAUAUUAGAAGCCUUUGGUAAUGCAAAAACAUUGAGAAAUGACAACUCCAGUCGUUUUGGAAAGCUCAUUGAGAUUCACUUCAGUGAAACUGGAAAAAUCUCUGGUGCUAAUAUUCAAACAUGUAGUUUUGCUGGAAAAGGGAAGCUAAACCUACAAAAUGCAGAAGACUAUAAAUAUCUUAGGCAGAGCAAUUGUUAUUCAAUUACUGGUGUUAAUGAUGCAGAAGAAUUCCGCACAGUCAUGGAAGCUCUUGAUGUUGUCCACAUUGGUAAAGAAGACCAGGAGAAUGUAUUUGCAAUGCUUGCUGCAGUAUUAUGGUUGGGAAACAUAUCAUUUACUGUGAUUGAUAAUGAAAAUCAUGUUCAACCCGUUGAAAAUGAGGGUCUGUCCCAUGUAGCGAAAUUAAUUGGCUGUGACAUUGAAGAUCUCAAGUUGACUCUAUCAACUCGCAAGAUGAGAGUUGGUAAUGAUAAUAUUGUCCAAAAGUUGACACUAUCACAGGCAAUUGAUGCAAGAGAUGCUUUGGCAAAGUCAAUAUAUGCAUGUCUGUUUGAUUGGUUGGUCGAACAGAUCAAUAAAUCACUUGCUGUUGGAAAAAGACGCACCGGAAGAUCAAUCAGUAUUCUAGAUAUCUACGGCUUUGAAUCUUUCAAUAGGAACAGUUUUGAGCAGUUCUGCAUAAAUUAUGCUAAUGAGAGAUUACAGCAACACUUCAAUCGUCAUUUAUUCAAGUUAGAACAGGAGGAAUAUAUUCAAGACGGCAUUGACUGGGCUAAAGUUGAAUUUGAAGACAACCAAGACUGUCUUAAUCUUUUUGAGAAGAGGCCCCUGGGGUUGUUAUCUCUGUUAGAUGAAGAAUCCACUUUCCCAAAUGGCACAGAUUUAACAUUUGCUAACAAGCUUAAACAGCAUUUGAAUUCUAAUUCAUGUUUCAAAGGGGAAAGAGACCAAGCCUUUACUGUACACCAUUAUGCUGGGCAGGUAACCUAUGAUACAACUGGAUUUCUGGAGAAGAACAGAGACCUAUUGCACUUGGAUUCCAUCCAACUUCUAUCCUCAUGCACGUGUCCUCUUCCACAAAUAUUUGCAUCACAUAUGCUCACUCAAUCUGAUAAACCGGUAGUUGGUCCCUUGCACAAGUCAGGUGGUGCAGAUUCCCAAAAGCUAAGUGUUGCAACAAAAUUCAAGGGUCAAUUGUUCCUACUGAUGCAACGACUAGAAAGCACUACUCCACAUUUUAUUCGCUGCAUUAAACCCAAUAAUCUCCAAUCACCUGAAUCAUAUGAGCAAGGGCUCGUAUUGCAACAGCUGAGAUGCUGUGGGGUCCUGGAAGUAGUUCGAAUAUCAAGAUCAGGUUUUCCAACAAGAAUGUCUCACCAUAAGUUUGCCAGAAGAUAUGGUUUUCUCCUCCUUGAUAAUGUUGCAUCUCAGGAUCCACUUAGUGUUUCCGUUGCAAUUCUUCAUCAGUUUAAUAUUUUGCCUGAGAUGUAUCAAGUUGGCUACACGAAAUUAUUUUUCCGAACAGGGCAGAUCGGUGCGCUUGAAGAUACUAGAAAUCGUACCCUCCAUGGCAUUUUACGUGUACAAAGUUGUUUUAGGGGUCACCAAGCUCGUCGUUCUCUCAAAAAGCUUCAGGGAGGAAUCACUACUUUGCAGUCAUUUAUUAGGGGAGAAAAAACCAGAAAGGCAUAUUCAGCUUCACUAAAGAGGCAUAGAGCUGCUGUUAUUAUACAGAAGCGCGUGAAAGCAGUAUUUGCAAGAAACAGAAUAAAGACUAUUAGUGAUGCGGCAGUAGUCCUACAAGCAGUUAUUCGGGGUUGGUUGGUCAGAAGAUGCUCAGGAAAUAUUGGAUUUUUGAAGUCUGGAGACAUGAAGAUGCAAGAGUCAGAUGAGGUUCUGGUUAAGUCAACUUUCCUGGCCGAAUUACAGCGCCGAGUACUUAAGGCUGAAGCUUCCUUGAGAGAGAAAGAAGAGGAAAAUGACAUAGUUCGUCAACGUCUCCAACAAUAUGAGAGCAGAUGGUCUGAAUAUGAAUUAAAGAUGAAAUCCAUGGAAGAAGUGUGGCAGAAACAAAUGAGAUCCCUACAAUCUAGCCUCUCCAUUGCAAAGAAAAGCCUUGCUGUUGAUGACUCUGAAAGAAAUUCAGAUGCAUCUGUUAAUGUAAGUGAUGAGAGAGAUUACAGUUGGGAUGUAGGAGGUAAUCACAGACGCCAAGAGAGCAAUGGGGCAAGAUCAACUAGUGCUGGUUUAAGUGUAAUUAGCCGGCUAGCGGAAGAAUUCGAGCAUCGUAGUCAAGUAUUUGGUGAUGAUGCCAAGUUCUUGGUUGAGGUAAAAUCUGGUCAGGUAGAAGCAAGUUUGAACCCAGAUCAAGAGCUUAGGAGGUUAAAACAAAUGUUUGAAGCUUGGAAAAAGGAUUAUGGGGCAAGACUGCGUGAAACAAAAGUCAUUUUAAAUAAACUUGGAAAUGAAGAUGGCGCACUUGAGAGAAUGAAGAAAAAGUGGUGGGGAAGAAGGAACAGUACACGGAUAAAUUGA